ACUCCUGGAGUGUAUCUGCUGUGACAGACUAUCUCACAGCAGAUAAACUUCAGGAGUGCUGUCUGCGCUGGUACGGUAACGUCUUGCGUAGACCGGCAAAUUACAAACAAAUGUCUGGCUAUGCCGCUCCCGCCUGGCCCUGGCAGCAGGAGCAAACCCAAGAAAUGAGCUAUGGUUGAGCUACGCGAUGGCUAAUCCAUGCGUCAACUCGUGAACAGGUGCUGUCAGAGGGAACUGGUCAUCUCGUUUCUCAUAUAUUUUUAUAUCAAAAGACUUGCUGUAACCACAUGAGAUACCGAAUUGGUCGCCGCUCAUACUGAACUGCAUUGGAGAGAAUCGAUUUGGAUGUGCGAACGAAAAGAACUUUGAGUGCUCUGGUGUUAACAUGGAGCGACGGAUAGCUGGGAUCAUCUAUAUAUUGAUAACAUUCGCGCUUGUCAACGAAAUGUCAAUUAAUGUUCAGGCUAAAGACAACAAAAGGCGAACCAAAGAGAAGGGUGGCUUUCAAAAGAAUAUCUGUGACGUCAGCGACCGAGAAUCAAAAGUCCACUGCUACUGCGAAACAAGCAGAGAACCGAAAAAUGCGACCAAAGCGGAAUGCUGGGUUUUCAACGGCGGAAUACCAAGAAAUGACCUCAUCUGGCAAAGUUUCGCGUCCCAACCUACUCUGAAAACUUUGUCUUUCAAUGUCCGCGUCGAUGGCGCGCUCAGCUACGUACCGACAGAAGCGCUCCAAUACUUGAAAAACCUUAAAUCUAUUAACAUUAAAUACGGGACCAUCCCAGAGAUACAAUCUUACGCGUUUGCAAACUUAACCAAUUUGACCGAAGCGUUGCUUUCACAGAACGAAAUAGAAUCGCUGCGUCAGUACGCAUUUGCCCAUUUGCCAAACAUUACCCUGAUCAACUUGGACGAGAACAUGAUAGUGGAAAUCGGCACUGAUGUGUUUUACAAUAUGCCGAAACUGCACAAGUUAACGUUCACUAAGAACAACAUAUCGUCCAUAAAGGAUGGUGCAUUUCAACACACGUUCAAUUUACUAGAAUUGGACUUGAAUAAAAACAACAUAUUCCAUUUGAACCGUCGUACGUUUGAUGGAUUGGCUAACUUGAGGAAAUUGGAUCUGAGACGCAACCGUAUUUACAAUUUGACAGAGUUUACAUUCGCUGAGUUGUGGAAUCUUCAGGAGUUGCUGUUGGGGAAGAAUGACUUGAAGUAUAUAUCGGAAAGAGCGUUCGAUGGGUUGUCACAACUAGAGAAGUUAUCUUUGGAUGAUAAUAAACUGGCAGCCCUCCCUUCAGGAUUGUUCGCCGGUGUGAGGGGACUCACCUCCCUAGAUUUACGUUCCAACGAACUACACGCAUUAACUUUAGACGACAUCAAACCCAUAUUGGACAACUUGAAGCCACAGAACAGUAAUUUGCAGCUCGAAGAUAACAACUUCGUAUGCGACUGCAGACUCGAAUGGAUGCAUUCGUUGCGCAACGAAACAAGAAGCCAAAACACGAAGACUUCUUUAAACAAUGUAACCUGCAAAAUGGACCCGCCUAUAGUAAGCUCGGCUUACAACAAAAUGUCCGACGUCAUCGAAAACAAAAUUGAUUAUAACCAGGAGAUUCUUCAUGCCGGCAUAACUAUAGAAACUUUGAACGACAAAAUGAAUGUAACAGAAAAGAAAAUACUCAAAGAUGAUUUGAAUGACGAAAAUGAUAUUGACGCGCCUAGCAAGAAAGCUGUUAAAAGGAACGUUCUUAAAAUACCUCCAGGUACAUUGCCAUGUCCUAGAGAUAACCCAAAAACAACAGAGCCACCUCAGUUAAUAAUAGACCCAGUAGUCCCAAUACAAAAUGAAAUGAAGACAUUCAGAUUGCGCGAUUCUAACGCGGCCAAUAUACAUUGUAGGUACAAGUUAGUAUUACUUAGUUGUUUUGCAUUCUUCUUUACUUAGAUUUUUAAGUCAAUUCUGUGAAAACUAGUCGUUUAUGUAAGUGAAAAGACUUUAAGUAAGCCACCAAAGUUUAUUGUACGAAAUUAACGAGCACUUAAUUAUAAUUAAGCAAACAAUGAUGUGAUUAUUCACCGUAAAUGUUGUAAAUUACCGAAAUAUUAACAAGUGUAGACGAUGGGCUAUCGUAGAUGAACGGCAUAACCUAAUUGUAAAUAUUAACUGCCAGUGACUGCAAAAAGUUUGCUCGUGUGUUAUUUUUACCCUAUAACUUUUCUUUUUCGUUUUUGUUAAUCAAUGCUUUAUAUAUGCUGAUCAAAAAAGAAAAUUAGCAACUAACGCUACUGUAACCGAGCGUAAACAGUAUUAUUUUGUUAUAGGUUGCUUGCGUAUCGUAUUAAGACCAUUUGCAUUAUGGUCGAGGUGAAUACUACUUAUGAAAAUAUUUAUAUGGCCCGGUUACAUCUAAAUUUGUCAAGAAAUUGACUUUGAGUGGGUGAGUUGCACCGUCAAAUUUAAAGUUGAUUUAAACCGGCGUUUUAAUGCGUUUUACUGCACACGUUAAAGUUGACGGUGCAAACCACUCUUAAUGUACCUUUUAUUUUUUAAUUUAAGUAACUCUUUCAAGUAUUCGUUCACCAUACACUUAUUUAUGACCUUCAUCGAUCGCUCAUCCUCCAGCGCAAUAAAUAUUUUAUAGUAAUCGAUAAAAAUAAAAUUUUCAAUUUUAUGAUUCUGUAGUCUCGUUUGCAGUCGACAUAUGUCGUUUGUUUAAGAGCCCAGCUCCAUUGUUCCGUUACGUCGUCGUAGCACCUUACACUCCGUUAUUUUCCAUAGGUUUUGACAUCGACAUGCGUCGGCUUACGUCGAAACUUCAUACAAUUUUACGUUGACCCGUCGACGGACGUCAAAACAACGUAAAACGAUACGAUCAAGCAAUUUAGCCGCGCUUAUAGAAUCCUAAUAUUAUAAAUCGAUUUAUUUCAAUGAAUUUGAUUUGUAGGCUUAAGAUGAUAUUCGGUGUAACUUGUAAUUUUAGAGGUAUGAGCAGUUUUCUGUAAACUCUUUAAACAAUACGAGCGGAUCUCAAAUAAUUGUGAUGUUUCUUACUUUUAGAUAUAAUUAGAUAGCAAUAAGUUAGUGGCUCUAUAAUUUUCGAAUGUUCGACUGUAUACAUGCACGUACUCGAAUAAAAAAUAAAUUUUAAUGAAAAUAAGUUUUUGGUAUUUUAAGAUUAAAGUACAAAUUUUACUCAUUCGCAAGAAUUUUCCAAUAACAAAAGUGAAUAUUUGAAUUUUGUAUUUAGGUAAAAUUUAUAAAAAAAAAAACCAGAAUUAAAUGUAAUUCCUUAGUAUCGUGUAAAUCAGCUGCUGUGUGAAGCAAGAAUUUCGAAAUUAUUUCUAAAAUGUUUAAUUAUAAAAAACGCGUUUCAAAAUUUUUCUGGCUAUAAAUUACUUCCAUUUUUCCGAAAGCUCUUUAAAUAAUUGAUUUACUUAUGGCAUCUUAAAAGAGGGUAAAGCAUUUUUUUUAAAUAUGACUCAUCAUAUUAAUUCAAAAAGCCAGAGAGAAAACAAAAAGUAAUCUGUCGUGUUUUACGAUACAUUCUUGGGGAGAAAAGAACUUGUAACCAACCCCUAUUUCAUCCCCCGUUAAGCAAAUGAUGCCUGUAUCAGAUGCAAUUCUAUCUUGAAGUUUCUCAAUUAAGGAGAUUAGGUAAAAGAACAAAACUUUCCCCUUCAAUGGAUUUUAUGGCAGGCAGGUUUUCACAACAACAAUUAGGGUUAAACCUUCCAGUUUUUUUUUUAUUUAUGGCCUAAUAUUUUAAUAAGAGGGCACUCAGUUAGUUAUUUUGGUUAGUUAAUUUUGUGUAAAUAAUAAAUACUGAAUUUGUAAACGCAGAAAGUGAUACACAUUUAAAAUUCGGGGUAGUUAUAUAAUAUUGUUUACUGUUUUAAACAAAAAUUUAAUGGAAAUUGUUGUCUUUCUUGUAAAGAUGGCCAUACAAUUUCGAAUGUACAUGGAAGUGCCAAAGACGCAUGAAUGAAUAAAUGUAUGAAUGAAUGAAUCUUUAUUUGCUUCGGAAAAUGGUUAUUAUAGAUGGUUUAUUAAAAUAAUAAGAUUAGAGCAUGCCAAUAUACUUAUGUUUAAGAAAAAAUAUGAAAUUGCAUUAAUGUGAUUUGAGCGGUAAAAUUAUUAGAGUGUGAAACAUUGUUUUACCAGUCGAUGAAGUUAUAAUUUGGUCAUAGUCUUUAUUUCGCUCAUAAACAUACCUACUCAUGCUCGUGUUCGAAUUUUUUAAUAAAGAAAACUAUUUUUUUUUCUGUCAUUUAUUUAUUAUUCUGAUUUUUCAAUGAAUCCCAAAGUGUUAUACAAUAUAUUUCUGAUAAAAAUAAAAAAAAAGCAAAAAUUUGCAAAUAUUUUAAUGUUACACAUCAAUUAUAAUAAAAUUGAUUAUUGUGUAAAAUAUGAUGCCAAAAAAUUAUAUAUUAUAUGUUGCACACCUAAUUGUAUAAAUUUGCAUAUAUUUUUUUUUUUUAUUGUUAAAGAGACAAUUUUUCAGAGAGACUUUGUGUUUCAGACAGAUGUUGUGUAUGAUACAUAUUAAUUACGUUCGAUUUCACUUUAAAUUAUUAAAUAAUUAUAUUAACGUUAUGUAUCUACGUAACAUUUAUGAAUCCACUAAAUCUCUAAUUUCGCAUAUUUUGUAUCUAAUUUGUGUAUUCAAUUUGAAUAUUGUUAACAUUUAAUGAAAAUAAAUAUUUAAAACUGACAAUUGCCGGUAAUUAACAGCAUUUCCUUAAAUUAAAACUAAUUUUAAGCUAUGCUAUAUAUAUUAUAUAUAUAAUUUUAUGCCAAAAGCGACUGGUCAUUUACUGUAAAAUUAUACAAAAACUUAUAAUCAAACCGCUAAGCUAAUCACAAAUGAAUAAUGUAUUUUUUUUUACAAACUGAACAUAUGAAGUAUAUAUUAUGUCAUUAUUUGCAUAUUAAGGGAGGGUUGCUUCAGUCAAUUUUGAUGUUAAUUUAACCUGCGCAGAAAAGAACGCAAUUUUGUCUUAACGUCAGCGACGUGCAGGUCAAAGCUGACUGGUGUAACUCACUCUAAUUGUUAAGAAUACAUGACUGUUACCGAAUUGUCAUCUUAAUAAUAUCACCCCUAUUAAUAACUGUAUAAGGUAGCUUUUCGCACGAUAAUAUUAUACUUUUAAAUAUUUUUUGCAAUCAGGUAUUAAUUGAUUCAAUUAAAUUCCAAAAUAUGAAAUACAUUUUCAAAUUCACACAUUCUCUAUGUAUUUUCUCUCAUUAAGCUGGCGGCUACAGGAAAAUUCUCAUACCUCCAUUCCUUUAUGCCAUUGUAUAACGUUGUAUAAAGUAUUUUGACAAGGUGUUUUUGUAUGAAUAAAUACUGUGUAAAGUUUUA